AUGGCGCUUUCGUUUCUUUCUCAAAACUCCGGUCUGUUGGAUUUACAAAGCAUAUUUGAUCCACAAUAUUCUCAUCAUCAACAACAACAACAACAACAACAUUUGAGCCACCACCCCCAACAUCACAUUCAACAACAUCAACAAGCGGAACAGUUUCAACAACAACAACAUCAACACCAACAACGCACCCUUCCAACGAAGUUCGAUUUGAACCUUUUCAACGAAUUCGACCAAAUGGAAUUCAAUAACAAUAUAAAUCGCAAUCAAUAUCAGAGUAAUAAUAUCAACAACAACAGUAAUACCCAGAACACCAACAACACCAACACUAAUAACAGUGUAAGUGAAAAUCUAAAUCAGAUCCAAAACCGCCACUUCAUAAGCGGCUAUCACCACCAGCAUAUUGGAUCGGACUAUGAGCAAGUGAUCAACUUUGUUGACUCGCCGCCAAACUCUGAGGAAUCGUGGACAGAGACCAGCUCGCUAAUCGAACAAAUUACGAUUGUCGUAGACGCCCAGUCGAAGGACUCGCCGGGACCGCAGAUCAUCGACGUACAGACCAUUUACCUGAACAGCGGCUCACGCAAAAGACGAAUGGAUUGGGACUCUUUGGACAUUGGCCAAAGUGAGAACUCACCCACAGCAUCGCAGAGCGGCGAGCUGCCCAGCAAAGUGGCUAAUCAGGAGAAGGACAAGCACAAGCGCGAGAAGCACUCGGGUCGCAGCAGCUGGAGCGAUGAUAUUGGCUUCGAUUUGAAUGCCGAGUUUAACAGCAACUCGUACUUGAACAAUGAGAACUUCCUGUCGUUCUCGCCCACACUGACCACCCUGAAGCAGGAGCCGCAGACGGAGCACAUCAAGCCGAGUCCCAAGAUUUCCCUGGAAAAUGCAGCACGAUCGCCGUCCGUGGCCGUUGCCAAGCUGGACGAUUCCCAGAACUCACCGCCGCAUGCCAAUUCCGGCCAGGAGUCGGCUACCGGAUCGGGUUCGGUCGGAAACGGCAAACAUGAUGUGAACUCUGGCCUCGUCUGCGGAUGUGGCUCACCGCAGGGUUCGCCAUUGGCCAACACUGAGUAUGAGUUGAACGAGAAGGGCAAACUCCAGCAGCAGCAGCAGCUAAGCGUUUUGGAUCCGGCAAAGAUCGAGAUCGUUUCGGCCAAUGGAGCUACCCACUCCGAGGAUCACAAAUUUCAGUACAUUUUGGCAGCGGCCACUUCGAUUGCCACCAAGAACAACGAGGAGACCCUGACGUAUCUCAACCAGGGCCAGAGCUACGAGAUCAAGCUGAAGAAGAUCGGCGACCUGUCCCUCUACAGGGAUAAGAUACUGAAGAGCGUGAUCAAGAUCUGCUUCCACGAGCGCCGCCUCCAGUUCAUGGAGCGCGAGCAGAUGCAGCAAUGGCAGCAAUCCCGCCCAGGCGAACGCAUCAUUGAGGUGGACGUACCGCUCUCGUACGGCCUGUGCCACGUGUCGCAGCCACUGAGCUCCGGCUCACUGAACACCGUCGAGAUCUUCUGGGAUCCGCUGAAGGAGGUCGGCGUCUACAUCAAGGUCAACUGCAUUUCAACCGAAUUUACUCCAAAGAAGCACGGCGGCGAGAAGGGAGUGCCCUUCCGACUGCAGAUUGAAACCUAUAUAGAAAACACGAACAGUACCAACUCGGGCGGCUCGAGCGGCAGCAACAACAGCACUGGCGGUAGCAAUAGCGGUAGCGGUAGCGCCGGUGGCAACAGCAGCGGUAGCGGCAACAGUGGUUCCACUGCCCCAGCAUCUCCGGAAAGGUCUCCAAUGGCCAAUGGCGGCGGCGGCGGCGGCAACAACAACGGCAAACAGGCGGUCCACGCAGCUGCCUGCCAGAUCAAGGUCUUCAAGCUAAAGGGAGCCGAUCGCAAGCACAAGCAGGAUCGCGAGAAGAUCCAGAAGCGUCCGCAGUCGGAACAGGAUAAGUUCCAGCCCAGCUACGAGUGCACCAUCAUGAACGAUAUAUCCCUGGAUCUGGUGAUGCCUACCACCACCACUGGUUGCUACAGUCCGGAAUAUGGUUCGAUGGGAAGUUCAAAAUGCGAAUUUCGCGAUCGAGGAGUCCCGCGCAUUCGCGAACAUGCGCUUGCAUCUGAAGGAUCGUCGCUCCUGCCAACGCCAGAUACAGAACGAGCUCUACUGGAUUUUAUGAAACUCUGGCCAAAUUCGCCGGUGCACAUACCCAAGUAUGAUGGGAUGCUUCCGUUUGCCCCAAGUGCAGCAUCUCCGGCUACCAGCAGCAGCCCCAUUGCCAUCAACUCGGUGACGUCGACCAAUUCGCCCACCCUCAAGCUGAUGGAAGCCACCAGCAUGGUCUCACCGCAGCAUGUGCCCGCCGACAUGGACGACUAUAGCCAGAACAUAAUGCCGGAAUCGACGCCCUCGCAAGUGACGCAGUGGCUGACCAAUCAUCGCCUCACAACCUAUCUUUCGACGUUCGCCCACUUCUCGGGAGCGGAUAUCAUGCGCAUGUCCAAGGAGGAUUUAAUUCAAAUCUGCGGCCUGGCCGAUGGCAUCCGCAUGUUCAACAUAUUGCGCGCCAAGACCAUUGCUCCGAGGCUGACGUUGUAUGCCAGUUUAAAUGGCUGCAGCUACAAUGCCAUCUACUUGCUGUCGUGCACGGCCAAGGAGCUGCAGCAGAAGCUGUUCAAGAUGCCCGGCUUCUACGAGUUCAUGGCCAAGGCCAGUGCCCAGGAGAAUGGGGCCGGAGGAUCGGCCGCCGCUGCUGCUGCCGCUGCCGCCCUGUUCAACAACUGGGGCAUGCAGUCCAAGUACUCGGGCAGCGGCUCCAAUAUCUUCAACGAUGCCAACAAGAGCUGCGUGUACAUAUCGGGGCCGUCGGGCAUCCUUGUCACCGUCACCGACGAGGUGCUCAACAACGAGAUCAAGGACGGCAGCCUCUAUGCCCUGGAGGUGCAGGCCGGCAAGGUCAUCCUCAAGCUGAUCAACAAGCAGGACAACAAUUGAAAGAUCUUACGGCUACGUAGUCCCACUGUAGUCCCACUGUAGACACCAUUCGAGCAACCAAGUAUAGUUUAUAGCAUUUACACGCUGUUCGAUGGCAUAUUGAAAUCGUUUUCUAUAUAUGCUUCAAUUUGUAUGAGAUUUCGCGCAGCAAUUUUGAACAAGUAUAAAGCAAGCAACCCGAAAACCCCUGUUCCCUAAAAUCCCCAAAAUCUUCGUUAAAGAAAUAGUGCAAAAUAUUUAAGAUUUCGUUUUCAGUCCUCACUUUAAGUUUUGUUUAUUAUAUAUGUAUUUUAAAUAACCUACCUUAUAUGACCACAUAUGCACAUUUAAUUCUCUUUAUUGCAAUCGCAUUUCGAUUCGUUCUUUUUUCUACUUUUAAUUUUCGUCUAUUUCUAUGGCGUAUGCUUAUCACUUAUAUAACGAUUAUAUAUUUGUUUGUAGAACCCAACCAAUAUCAAUUAUUUGAAGUAGAAAGAAAAAAAACCCAAAAAAAAAGCAACAUAAAGUUACAAUAAUGAUUAUUAUCUUCAAGUACAGUACCACGAAUACAAGAAUUGAGCAAUUGUUUCGAAGCAGAGUUCAACUAGCAACCAAACAACAACUUUUGUAUGUGAUAGAAGCAAUAAAGUGUUAUCCACAAGUGGACUGUCAAAAAAA